AUGAGUCAACAACUAUCGAAUAUUAAUUUAAAAGCUUCCGAAGGAACUGAUACAAAUGAUAUAGAAUUUAAUUAUGACACAAUCGUAUCUCGUAGUGGUGAUGAAAAUGUUCAUUUAUUUUCAUGCAUCAAAGCUCUUGAUGGUAUGACAACAAGUUCAAUUGGUUUUGAUCCAAUUGCAAAUGCUCAUAUACAAUUAAUGAAACAAAUUCAAAAGCAUCUCUCUCUACAAGUACAUGUAACUGAUAUUACAAAAAUCAAUUGUAAAAUCAAUGAAAUACUUAUAACAGAUGUUUUUCCAUUGAUUUCUGUUCGUUAUCGAGAAACCAUUGAAGAUAUUAGAUCUAUUGUGAAAAAACAACAACAACUAAUGUUAAAUAUAUUUUUGAAACAAAAUUUAGAAGAAAAUGAAAAUAUUGAUCAAUCCAUUCCUUUUGAAUCGCAUGAUGACACAAUUUCUGAUGACAUAGACACAUUUGUCAUCAAAGAUAAAAUUGAUAAUGAUGAUAUACAACAAUCUAAUAUUGCCGAACAAAAACUUCAACAGAUAAAAUUACAAGCUCAACAAGAAUCUUAUUUUGCUAUACAAUCGUUAACAUCUUUAUUAGUAAUUUUAAUAAAAUCAGCAGAAAAAAAUGAUCCAACAUUUGUUCAAGAAUUAUUAACAUUAGCGAAUCAAUUGUGUGAUCGAAUUCCUAUAAUCGGUUUCAUAUCAUCUGAAUCCUCAUCAAGUAUUAAUAAUCACUGGUUCAAUUCAUUACAACCGUUGACAAAUUAUUUUCAUGAAUUAUCACUAUCAAAAAAUCUUAUGAUGGCAAACAAAUCUAUAAAAAUUCUAUUGAAUUUUGCAUUUGCAAAAGCAUCAUUUAAAGAUAUUCUACCAAUUCUAAGAAAACUCAUAUUCAAUAAAGUUCAUAUUUACAAUGUUCGACGUUUAUUUAUUCAAUUGAAUAAUUGUUUAAUAGAGACUCUCAAUAGAAUGAAAAAGAAAAAACAACAACGACAAAAUAAUGAUUUCAAUGAUAAUUUCGAACAAGACACAGAUGAUGAUACAACAGCAAAUGAAACGACAGGUUAG